AUGGAGGACCGCAGACCAGAAGUGCUGGUCGUGUCCAUUGUCUUCUUCGUCAUCGCCUCCGUCUUUGUCGCACUGCGCUUCGUCUCGCGGGUUUUCAUCGUUAAGAAAGUCGGACUACAUGACUAUUUGAUGUUGUUGGCAUGGGUCAUCGAUUUUGGCUUCUCAUUCUCCCUCUUUUAUGCCACGAGGAAAGGCCUAGGCCUUCAUGAUGACGACAUAGCUCUGAGUGACCGGUACAGCCUCAAUCGAGCCAAUUAUGCAUUCACUGUGCUAUAUAACCCCGCGUUGAUGGCGGUCAAAACCUCCAUCCUCGUCUUCUAUCUCACUCUAACCCAAGGGGAAAGGGUUUUCCGUUGCGCAAAUUAUGUGACUCUUUUUGUCGUAAAUGCCGCCGGAUUGGCGCUCACACUGGUCAACGUCUUUCAAUGUCGUCCGGUUGGCGCGGCCUUUUCCUAUCCCCUGGCCCCGAAUGCACACUGUACCGAUAUCCUCACGCUAUACCUUUCUUCCUCUCCGGUGAACAUCAUUACCGACCUGGCCAUUCUUUUCUUGCCAAACCCCAUCUUAACUCAAAUGCGUCUUCCGCGGAAACAGAAAAUCAUCAUUGUCAUCACCUUUAGCUUUGGUUUCUUCGUUGCAGUAGUUGAUGUUAUCCGCAUUGCCUACCUUCAAAAUGCAGCUACAUCGCGCCAAAUCUUGCUGAGAGAGAUCCACCUGCAGGACGCUAGCGGUGACGACCUAAAUUGGUAUGCUUCUCUUUCGUUCAUGUGGUCGGUGGUCGAGGUCAAUGUGUCGGUCAUGUGCGCCUGUGUGCCUAGUCUUAAGCCUCUCGUAGCGCGAAUCGUUCCAAAGAUGAUUCGGGACACGGACGAUAGCACGACCGUACCAGAUGCCCCCACGGCUGGGCCUCUGGAUAUCCCAGAUAUUCCAGAUGUUACUGAACCUGCGCCCCUUCCAACUCUCCCAGGUCCCAACAUGCGACGACGCUCGCAGUCCGCUAACCAUAGUAAAUCCUCCCCGUCAGGCAGUGGUAGCAGUGCCAGUCGGAGAGAGACGGAUGGUUCAAUAGAUCUCAGAGAGUUCCUGAUGGCCAAUAACCCGCCUCCUCAAGAUGCGGAAGCGAAUACAACUAUCACCACCUCAUACCUACCUAGUAUCACCUUUUUCGACUUUGUCAACAUGAAGAAACCGGCGAAUAUGCUGAAGCUAAGCAAUAAGGAAUCCAUUGCGCCGAUCUCCCUAACGACGAUCUUGUUUUUCCUGUGGGGAUUCGCUUAUGGGUUGCUGGAUAUUCUCAACAAUCAAUUCCAGGAUAUUGUUCGUUUAGACGCCUGGCGAUCGUUGGGCCUGAACGCCGUUUAUUUCGGGGGCCUGUGUAUUUACGCUUGCGGCACUUUGAUAUUUUGGCCCUCAGCUGUUCUGACUUCGUAUUCUGCCUUCAUCGUCUCUAACUUCAUCGUUGGCUUUGGAUUAGCAGUACUGGAAACCGCUGCCAACCCGUUCAUAGCGCUGUGUGGGCCCCUAGAGAAUUCGGAGAUCCGAUUGAAUAUCUCGCAGGGUGUCCAAGCGAUAGGAAGCGUAGUUUCGCCGCUCUUAGCGAAAAAGGUCCUUUUCAAAAAGGUGACCGACGUUUCUUCUCUGGUUGAUGUUCAAUGGACUUAUCUGGGCAUUGCGUUAUUUGACGUGCUUCUGGCUGUGGCUUUCUAUUACCUACCAAUCCCAGAGGCAUCAGAUGAGGAUCUUCAAGAGCUAGCAAACCGGCGUCGGAACGACAACAUGACCCUGGUCGCUGGAAUUCCGGUGGUCUGGUUGACCCUAGGACUAGGAGUGUUUUCACAAUUUUUCUACGUCGCCGGACAGGAAGUAAUCUCGCAAAGCUUCAAUGCUUUUGUCGAGGAUGCCUACCCCAAUUCCCGCCUUAGCUCCUUUGAUUAUCUGACCAUCGCCCAUUCUAUCUUUGCGGUUGGUCGUUUCCUUGCCGCCUUUCUGCAAUGGUUCUUGAAGCCACGAUGGAUUCUGCUUAUAUCGUACAUUGGAAUGAUAGUAUUCUCCGUACUAUGCAUGAAAACGACGGGAAUCGCGGCGGUUACCAUGGCUCUCAUGGUCUACCUUUUUGAAAGUGGCGCAUUUAGCAUUAUAUUCGCCAUCUCUCUCCGCGGCGCAGGCCAACACACAAAGACCGCUGCAACGCUUCUGACGACAGCGAUCAGCGGAGGUGCCUGCUUUCCGUUCGCACAAUAUGCAGCCAGCCUCGCUGGGGGCAUGUCAUUCUCAUAUAGUGUCCUCGUUGCUGUCUUCUGCGCCGGUGCCAUCUUUCCGGUGUACUUGAACCUAGUACCUGCUGCAAAGAAGCAGGUUGACCCGGUACCAAACGAACACCUCCGCCGCCCACGUCGCCACCGCUCUAGACCCAAUAUUGUCCAGCGCGAGAAGGAAAACCCUUCUGUGGGCGGAGUCUAUUCACGACGGCGAAGCGUCCUGUCGGACCUGCUGCCAGCGGUUACCCUUUCUGACCAAUCGUCAUCUCAGCCCGACUUGGCUAAUAAUGGGCAACCCCGUUCAGCUGCCCACGGCGGCCUUCAACAUGAUUUGGCCCCCUGGCCUGAAUCGUAA